AGUUACUAUGAAAGCCGAAUCUUUAUCCCUAAUCCCGGACCAUUGAAUUUUGCUCAAAUGGCCUGGAAAUAACACUGCUGAACCGAACCCCAAUUACUAUGAAGCUGCUGAUUUCAUCCUUUCUCAAAGCCGAAUCUUUAUCCGUUGAAUCCCAGACCAUUGAAUUUGUGAAAAACAAACCCUUAAUUUUGCUCAAAUGGCCUGGAAAAAACCAUUGCCCUCAAUUCUCCUGAAUUCUCAGUUUCUCACACCGACGUCGUUUCGGCGGAAUCCCAGAAGUGGGUUAAUCACCCUUUUGGCGCCCAUAUUGAUUCUGAUGACAAAAUUCAUGCCAGAGAUACUCAGAUGAGAUCAACCUCGUCGUCUGGGGCUUCAGAAAAGAACUCAAGAAGCUCCAGCGCAAGAUUCAGCCAAUUGAAAGCAUUGUGCUUAAGAUGAAUGAUGCAGACAAAACAGUGGAAUCAUGGCUUAGAAAUGUAGUCAGCAUUUUAUACAAUGUGGAGGACAUGCUGGAUGUGUUGGCCUAUGAGAAGCAGCGCGACUUUGUCAUGAAGACAAGGCCCAAAACUGGGAAGACAAGGCACUUGCUCUGGCCUUUGAAACGGCUUUACUAUCGCCGUAAGAUUGGCAACUGGAUUAGUAGGAUCAAUACCAACAUUGACGAAGCCUUGAAAGAGGCUCAAACCAUUUCUCAGCUCAGGGGUCUAAUGCACUCCCCACUGCCAGCUGCAACAAACAUUAUUACCAGCCAAGGCGCGGCUGCAGAGGAUCGUCUACAGCAUCUUCGACGAAAUGUAGAUAUGUCCCUGAUUGUUGGCAGAGAUUCUGAUGUUGAUUCCGUGGUGGACAAACUGUGCAACCCUUCACAGGAUUCCUACAAUGUCAGCAGUAACCGCCUCUCUGUAAUUGCCAUCAUGGGAAUUGGAGGUAUUGGAAAAACAGUCCUAGCGAAAAAGGUAUUUGAGGAUAAACGAGUGACGGAUAAUUUCACAGAAAGAAUUUGGGUUGUCGCACCAACAGUUUUCACCACAGAAGGGAUAUUAAACAAAAUGGUGGAGUACAUUUAUAUGAGUAGUAGUGAGACUGUCAGCAGCAGCGAAAUAGCAGUACGGAAACUCAAGAAUAAACUAGAUGGAAAAAAGUACUUACUUGUUGUUGAUGAUGUUUGGGAUGAAGAUCAAGAGAUGUGGGAUGCAACGAGAAGUUCACUUGAAAGUAUUGGUGGUUCUCAUGAAAGCAUGAUUUUGGUGACAACUAGAGCUACUGAUGUAGCACAUAAAAUGCAUGCUUUUGUCCAUCACCUGCCGAAACUCUUGGCAGAUGAUAGUUGGUCUUUGUUCAAGGAAGUUGCCUUCGCAAAUAUGUCCCCGGAGUAUAUUUCUAUAUUUGAAACCACUGGUAAAAAUAUUGUUGAGAAAUGUAAGGGAGUUCCACUUGCAAUCAAGAGCAUUGGAGGAAUGCUGCAAACAAAAAGUGAUCCAUACGAGUGGGAGAAAAUUGAACAAAGUGAGAUAUGGGACUUACCGCAGGAUGGAACUGGGAUAUUACCAUCCUUGAUGCUCAGCUACAAGCAUUUGUCAUCUCCACUCUUGCAGAAAUGUUUUUGUUUCUGUGCUACUAGUCUUAAAAGUUAUCACAUGGAUAAAAACUGGCUGAUAUGGAAGUGGAUGGCUUUAGGCCUUGUCCAACAAUCUGAAAGUAGAGACUUGAUGGAGGAUAUUGCUGAAGGUUAUAUUAAUGCAUUGUUAAGUAUUUCCUUCUUACAUGUAGCACUAAGGGAUGAAAUUGGAGAAAUAGUUCGGUAUGGUAUGCAUGACCUAGUGCAUGACCUAGCAACUUCAGUUUCGAAGCACCAAGUGUUAAUAUUGGAGGCAGGUAACCCAGUGACAGCCAUAUCUGAUGUUCGACAUUUGGCAAUCUAUGAACGUAAGGAACUGAAAACUGAAUGUUGGGACAAAGACAAAGUGGCAGUUAAAAAUUUACGUACACUAGUCAUAUAUAAGAAUUCACCUGGAGGAUUGUUGAAGCAUGUAAAGUACCUGCGUGUAUUAAAUUUACAAGACACGGGUCUAAAAGAGGUUCCAGAAUCUAUUGCUGGAUUGAAGUGUUUAAAGGUACUCAGUUUGGUAUAUAACCCAAUAAAGGUAUUGCCUGAAUUUAUUACUAAAUGGUACAACUUGCAAACUUUGAAUCUUUUGGGAUGUGAUCUACUAGAGGAGGUACCUGGAGGAUUAAGUAACUUGGUUAAUCUGAGGCAUCUUUAUAUUGACAGAUUAAUCAGUUUACCAGCAGGGAUGAUUGGGCAGUUGACGUGUUUGCAAACUCUUCCAAUUUUAGGGGUGCGUGAAGGGGGAUUCCAGAUUUCUGAAUUGGGAGGUUUGCCUCACAUAAGUGACAAAUUAGAAAUUCGAGGUCUUGAACUGAUCAAAAGUAAACAAGAUGCUGAAAGUGCCAGUUUAUCAGAGAAGUCAAGAGUUAAGAAGUUGAGGCUAUUCUGGAAUAACGACAACGACUGGGUAAAACAUGAGGAGGUGUUAGAUGGGUUGGAGCCAAACCGUAACUUGAGACUUCUGACCAUUCAAAGAUAUGGGGGUGAAAACUUUCCAUCCUGGUUGAUGAGAAUGGAUGUGAUAAAGAUAAUAGAGCUUGUUAAUUGUAGGAGGUGCCGAAAGUUGCCAACAUUAGGGCACUUGCCUUUUCUUGAAAAACUGAAGAUUAAAAAUAUGGAAAGCUUGGAGUGUAUAGGUGUUGAGUUGUAUGGUGCAAGCAGUAGUUCCAGUUCUGGGGUGAUGUAUUUUCCAAGCUUGAAACAAGUUGAAUUAUUAGGGCUUGACAAAUUAACAGAAUGGGUUGAGCCAAGUUCGGGGGAGUGGACUAUUUUUCCUUUGUUGGAGGAAUUAAAAAUAGAAGACUGUCCUGAAUUGAAAACAACUCCAUAUAAAUUCCCCUCUCUUGAACAGCUGACUGUUACAAACAUCACCACUAGCAGUCUUCUCUUGUCAAAGAUACUAUCCAACAAAGGUUCUCUCACUUGUCUAAAAGUUGUUCAAAUUGAUGGGAUAACAGAAAUCACACAUUUGCCAGAGGAGUUGGCUGAAUAUUGUACAUCUCUCCAAACAUUGAGAAUAAAAAGAUGCCAGAAUCUGAGUUAUUUGCCAGAGAGCCUAUCGAAGUUGAUUUCCCUUGAGCUGUUGCAAAUAAACUACUGCCCCAACCUGGUGUCUCUAUCCAACCUCAGCUGUCUUGGCUUGUUGCGUCAAGUUGACAUUUUCGAUAUUAGAGGUUUAACAAAUUUUCCAGAGGGAUUACUAGAUUGCAAGUCGCUGGAGAGAUUGUGGUUCAGUAAUUGUCCAAAGGUAAAGAAACUUCCAGACCUGACAGGAUUAAGUCGUCUUUGUAAUCUCAGCAUUACGAGUAUGACAAAGAUGAUAAGUCACCCACCUGAUUGGUUAUACCACCUCCCAUGCCUUACUACUUUGCACAUCGGAAGUUAUUAUGAACUAGAUGAAUUUCCAGAUAUGAGCUUCCUCUCGAAAAUCACUUCUCUCAAAACUUUGCAUUUGUAUGGUUGGGAAAAGUUGCAGAGUCUUCCAGAACAACUCCAACAAUUUACAACGCUGAAAGGACUGGUAAUUUGUGACUUUGAGAGUAUGGAAUAUCUCCCCGAUUGGCUCGGAAACCUUUCAUCUCUUGAUUCAUUGUAUCCUGCCCGGUGCAAGAAUUUGAAGAAACUACCGACAGAGGAUGCCAUCAAGCGACUCACUAAAUUAAGCUAUUUGCUAAUUCAAGACUGCCCCCUGCUGGAGAAAGCCGUCAAGGUUAACGGGACAGAGCAUCACAAGAUUUCCAACAUUAAAGACUUUGUACUCAAUAUUAUUUGAUCUCACCGACUGCAUUUGGAAAGUUUUCUAGUUUACAAUAAUUUAUUUUUAAAAAGUACGAAGAACAAUCCAAGUCUUGUAUUUUACCCUCUGCAAAACUGUAUGUUUAAGAUCGCCUUUAAUUUAUUGGACAUGUUUUUGGCA